AUGGAUCAGCAUGCUCCUUCCUUCCCACUCUCCACCAACUUCUCCAAAUUUCUUGACACUGAUUUAGCUGAUGAUGACAAAUGUGAUUAUGACUCCAGUUAUAGCACCAGUUCUCCCUUCUCUUUGCACUGCUCGCUUACUGAUGUUAGCCCCUACAGGUCCACAGUCUUCCAGAACUCCACUGUCUGCACUGCAGGUAAAGCAGGUGAAGUACAUGAUGCAUUAAAUCUUUUGUCUGUAAGCUCUGAAAGUGAGUCACGAGGUGACAAUGAAGUCCUGGUGGACAUGGAAGCACCUAUUACCCUGCCAACACAUUCCCACUUCCAAACCUCCUCCUCGGAUCCUGGUUUGAGGAGAAGAUACUCCAGCAGCUUGCCUCAUUCACACAGUGUGCCUGCAUUUGGUCAAAUACCUUCUGCAAAGAACAAGAACUUUACAAGAGCAAAGAAUUUACCUGGUAUACUGUUAAAAGACAGCUUUGAGGAGUUUACACCUGAUAUCACUGUUGAUGAAAAUGAGGAAACCUACAGGUUCCACUGCUCCGGUCCAGGCCUGUACUGGUGUAGUGUGACAGGUCUGGUGUUUCACAUGGAGGGAGAAGGGGACGUGGUUUACAGGAUUGUCCCCUGGAACCACAGGCUACUGGCCCAACAUCACAAGAAGCCUGCAGGACCCCUGUUUGACAUCAAAUGUCUCCAGCAGUCUGUGUGUCAGCUUCAUCUCCCACACUGUGAGAUCUGUUCCACAGGUGGAUGUAAAUUCUUGUCAGUUGCUCAUGUGAUUGAUGAGGGCAUCGAGUUUAUUACUCCUCAUAAGAUAACAGAAACUCAUGUCAUUAUAAACAUCACAGAGCUUUCUGCUUUUGGCAUGGUCAAGGAUGAAGAUUCUCCUCCUGACCCGGUCCGAGCGCUGGUGCUGCUGUUCUACAGACCUCCAACUGAUCCUGAUCCUGAAUCUGUCCUCAAUGUGUUGUUGCUACCACAGAACAUAGUGAUGCGUGAUGUGCUGCGUAUGAGGAAGAAGUUAGUUGGAGAUGAGAGGUAUAUCGAGAUAUCUCCACACUGUAAACUGAUCCCCAAGCAGGAGUACACACUGUCCACUAGUCCUGAAGACGAUUCCGUUCUAGUUCAACCAACAGAAGCAGAAUUUGAUGAGGAGUCCUACGACAACUACUUUCCAUCAUUCCAGGUUGUUUUAGAAGCAAUCAUGAGAAAUAUUAAGUUGUUUUUGAGAGACACCAACAGCUCCCACAGUGUCUGGGAAAGAGAAGUUCGCCUUUUGACCACUGGAGUAAGAAAGCCCUGUGGGCAGAGUGCUCUGACUUCCCCUUCAAAUGACCGACUGAUGGACAUAUGGACCUACUUCAUCGAUAGGAUAUCAGUAUCUGUUCUCAAAAGCUUGCUGGAUAAGCUGUUUGAGAAAAAGGUGAUAACUGAAUCUGAGAGGGAGUCAGCGGAAGUGAUGCAAAACAGAAGUGACAAGGCUCGUUUUGUCAUCGACACGGUGAGGAAGAAAGGUGAAGCUGCGAGUUCAGAGAUGAUUGAGUUUCUCUGUGAGGUCGACCCCUUCCUCUGUGAACAUCUUGGGUUGAUCUGA